CAAAAACGAAUCAUCAUAACCCACCUAUCAAUAUGGCAGUCUUUUCCUUCUUUCUGUUUAUCGCCACCGUUUCAACUCUCUUCGUCGCCUCAUCAUCAAGCACUAUCACCGCCAACCGCAACCUCACCGACGGCCAAACCAUCAUCUCCGACGAGGAAACCUUCAGAAUGGGAUUUUUCAGUCCCACAAACACUUCAACAAAUCGAUAUUUCGGAAUAUGGUACAACAAAAUAAGCCUUAUGACAGUCGUAUGGGUAGCCAAUCGAGAAACCCCACUCAACGACACCUCCGGCGUAUUGUUACUCAACGAUAACGGAACUCUCACACUCCUUAAUCGCACAAAAAACGUAAUCUGGUCGUCAAACUCGUCGGAAACCGGAAAUAAUCCGGUAGCAAAACUUCUCGACACCGGAAACCUUAUGAUAAGAAACUCCGGCGAUACAAAUCCGGAUAGUUACAUAUGGCAAAGCUUCGAUUAUCCCGGCAAUACGUUUCUUCCAAGUAUGAAAUUCGGGAUUGAUUUUGUAAGAGGGAUAAACAAGAACCUCGUAGCAUGGAAAACCGAAACCGAUCCUUCAGUAGGUGAAUACACGAACGGGUUCGAUCCCGAAGGGUACCCGCAGAUUCUUUUAAGAGCAGGUUCAGAAGUGAGAUUCAAUUCUGGUCCAUGGAACGGAUUACGAUUCAGCGGGAUGCCAAAUUUGCAACAGAAUGAUAUCUACACAUUCGGAUUCGAGCUGAAUUCAAGGGAACUUUAUUACAAAUACGAGCUUGUGAACAAUUUCACAAUUUCCCGAAUGAUUUUGAAUCCGAAUGGUGCAAUUCAGCGACUCAUAUGGAUCGAAAGAAGGCAAGUAUGGGAUCUUUAUUUGACUGCACAAAUGGAUAAUUGUGAUCGAUAUGGAUUAUGUGGUCCUUAUGGUGUUUGCAACAUUCGUGAGAAUCAAGCUUGUGGGUGUAUGCGAGGGUUUGUGCCGAGGUUCCCGGAUGAAUGGCAAAGGGCAGAUUGGUCCAAUGGGUGUGUGAGGAAAGCUGAGCUGGGCUGUGCCGACGGCGGCGAUGGGUUUGUGAAGAUGACCGGAGUGAAGUUGCCGGAUACGAGAAAAACUCGGUAUAAUGUGAGUAUGGGAAUUGAAGAAUGUGAGAGGAUUUGUUUGAGGGAUUGUAAUUGUACAGCGUAUUCGAGCAUCGAUGUUAGAACAGGAAGUGGGUGUUUGAUUUGGGUGGAUAAGUUGAUGGAUAUUAGGGUUUAUGGUGAAAAUGGGCAAGAUGUUUUUGUGAGAAUGGCUGCUUCGGAAUUACAUAGGAAUGCUGAAGCGAAGAGGAAAGUGAGGAUUAUAGUGAUUCCGGUGCUCGUGGGAUUUGCUGUGAUACUGGGAUUCUGCCUGUUUGUUUUCUACAAGAGGAGGCAGAAGAAGAAAGGUUUAACUAAUCUUGUUCGUGAAAUCAACUUUGCUAAUGAUAAUGAGAGGGAAGAUUGGGAAUUGCCGGUGUUUGGCUUCAACACAAUAGCCAAUGCAACAAACAACUUUUCAGACGAGUGUAAGCUUGGAGAAGGUGGUUAUGGGCCUGUCUACAAGGGAACAUUGGAAGGGAUAGAAAUUGCUGUAAAGAGACACUCAAGAAAAUCAAAACAAGGACUAGAUGACUUGAAUUCUUUUAUUUUUGAUGAAAGAAAAAGAAAGGCAUUGGAUUGGUCAAAACGCUACACUAUUAUAACUGGAAUUGCAAGGGGUCUUUUGUAUCUUCAUCAAGAUUCCAGAUUAAGAAUUAUUCAUAGGGAUUUAAAAGCUAGCAACAUAUUAUUAGAUAAAGAUAUGAAUCCAAGAAUUUCAGACUUUGGUUUGGCAAGAAGUAUGGAAGGAAGUAAAACAGAAGCAAAUACAAGAAGAGUAAUGGGAACAUAUGGCUACAUGGCACCUGAGUACACCAUUGAUGGGAUUUACUCCACUAAAUCUGAUGUCUUCAGCUUUGGUGUAUUGGUGUUAGAGAUAAUAAAUGGAAAGAAAAACCGAGGAUUUCGUCAUGCAAAUCAUGAUCUUAAUCUUCUAGGACAUGCAUGGAGGCUGUAUAAAAAUGGGAAGCAAUUGGAACUGAUGGAUGACACUAUUAAGGGUUCAUAUGUACACACACAAGUGAACAGAGCAAUUCAUAUUGGUUUACUAUGUGUGCAAAAGUAUCCUGAAGAUAGACCAGAUAUGCCUUUGGUGGUUGUUAUGUUAGGUAGUCAAAUUCCGUUGCCUGAACCUAAACAACCGGGUUUUUAUACAGAAAGAAGAAGACCACAAGAAGCAGAUUGUUCAUCUAGUAAUCCUGAAUGGAGUUCAUCAAAUCACUUAUCAGUUACAUAUCUUCAACCUAGAUAG